AUGCAAUCCUUUUUGCAGCACCGUCAAAUUAGACAAGAAGUGGAAGAAGCCUUGGCAUACGGCCAGGGCAAAUCUUUCAGCUCGCGCUCUAGCACCUCGUCCCCUUCGCUCGAGGCUAUCACAAAUGGCAACAAAGAUCUCGAAGCAGGAUUAGAGAAGCCAGCGCUAGCUGCCGAUGGACCUUUUGUUCCCGGUGUUACGGUUUCACAUCUCGACGGACCCAAUGGCGACAUUGUCUUCGUGGUCGGCUGGAGAGACAAUGACCCAAGCAACUCCCUGAAUUGGUCACUGCUGAAAAAAUGGAUAGUCAUGAUGAUGUGCUAUGUGAUUGCUAUUGCAAUGACUGUCCCCUCAUCUGUCGAGGGUGCAACGUAA